CCAAAGGUCCCAUUCCGUUGGCCGCCUUGACCAAUCGCCACAACUGUCAAUAGCACUAUCCGUCACAUCGCACCGACGCUCCCAACGCGUUCGCGACAAGUCGACAAGCCCUUUUAUUACAAAUCCCUUUACACUGCAAACUAGCUGGUCGAGGGCGUGCUCUGAAGCCCUUUGCCGGAGGUCAAAUCGAGCAGCUGCAGCAGGUCGCGUCAAUUGUGUUCCACUGCAGCGCACUGGCACGCUAGAUUCCAGGCCUCAGCCUUUGCCCAGAUCAAUACAUACUAUACAUAUUGGCAUGCAUUCGGUGCAGCAGUCGGUGCAACAUGCGCAACAGCCAACAGCCACAGCCAACAACCCCCCGCUCGGAAUACGGGGCGGGGUACUCCCCCCUCAGCGAAGGGCAAACGAAGCAUGCAGGCCCGUCGUCAUGGGUCUCUGGAGGUUGGGGCCCCUGUGCGGCAUAGCGAGGCGCUUUUGCAAGCAGGGGACAGGGUACACUGCUCAGGGCAGCAAGACUGUGCCUGGGCUCCCGGCCCUGAACAGCACAUGCAAGGGGCUAUCACAGGCCGGACAAGUGGUCUGCCAGGGAUGGCGCGCGUCCUUCAGCCCCAGCCCCAUUGAGCUAGGUUGCUUUCCAAGCAGCCCUCGGCGGCCGGAGGCCUGGUAUGAUCUGGGCGUGCUGGAGAUGUACGAGUAUCUGGGCAUUGGCAGUGGCCUCUCCAUCACAGAUUAUGUAGGCCACAUUAAGCACCGGAGCCUGCACUCGCGUGGGCCUGCGGUGUGCAGGUAGUACACUGCAACCACCCG